AUGAAAACAAAGAAAUUAAAAACUCAAUCAUAUUACAAUGAAGAAAAAAGAUUACAACAACAACAACAAAAUACUGAUAAUGGUACCAUGAAAUUAAAUGAACAAUCAUAUACAACAUUAUUUGAUCAAGAGGAAAUUCCCAAAUCAACGAACCAAUGGAAUGAGAAUAUUUCUACAAAUUCUAUUCUAUCAUGUAUCUUUGAUUUAUAA